AUGGAGGCUCAGUCACGCGCCGAGCGAGCUCGAUCGAUGGCUCCGUCCAUGGCGAGGGCGUCUCCGUCCAUAGAGAGGAAGCGCAAGGCCACCGAGGACAUAGACGCCGUCGCUCCCGACCCGUCGGUGGCGGUGGCGGGCAUGACGGUGGCCGCGGCGCCGCAGCCGCCGAGGGGGAGGAAGCGGUUCGUCGGCGUGCGGCAGCGGCCGUCGGGGCGGUGGGUGGCGGAGAUCAAGGACACCAUCCAGAAGAUCCGCGUGUGGCUCGGCACCUUCGACACCGCCGAGGAGGCCGCGCGUGCCUACGACGAGGCGGCGUGCCUCCUCCGCGGCGCCAACACGCGCACCAACUUCUGGCCGCGCCCCUCGCCGCCUCCGGCGGCGGCGGCGGCGGCCGUUGUCGCUGUCCCGCCACCGGAGCCGGCGCCGGUGGCGCCGGCGCUGCCGUCCAAGGUCACCAACCUGCUCCUGCUUCGGCUCAAGGCUCGCAACCAGCAGCUCGUCAGCGCCGGCGCCGCCGCCGGGGCGCCGCGGGAAGAUGAUUUGGUGGUGCACCAGCAGCAGCAGAGGCAGAGGCCGUCGCCGUCGCCGUUGCCGUUGUCGUGUCAGGAAGUGUUUGUCCAUGGCCACGGCGAGGAGUACAGCUUCCACGUCGACGACUUCCUGAGCGACGAGUGCAGCAACGAGCAAUCCGGCAACAGCUCGCAGGAACUGGACGACGACGACGACGGCGAGGAGGUAGAAGAGGAGGAUGAGCUGGACUUCCAGUUCAUGGACGCGCCGGACGCGUCGACGACAGCGGGGCUAGGCGAGGUGGGCGUGCUGUGCUCGCCGUUCGACGUGGUCGCCGCGGAGCUCGGCGGCGCGGUGGAGGCCGACGGCGAGCCGGCGACGGCCGUGCACGACGCCAUGAGGCAGAUGGACUACGAGAGGAAGAUCUCGGCGUCGCUCUACGCGCUCAGCGGCGUGUCCGAGUGCCUCAGGAUCCGUGCCGGCGCCGCGCGGGAGCAGCUCUCCGGCCUGAGGGAGGCUUGCCGGAAGAAGCAGCAAGAAGCGGCGGCGCAGCAGCAGCAGCAGCAAGAACCAUCUCGAUCUCCUGCCAUAGAAGCAUCAGCAGCAGCAGCAGCAGAGGAUGGCAAGGCAGGUCAAGACGACAGCUCAGGCGGCGCGUCGGAGGCGGCGAGCGGCGGCGACGGCGACGUGCUGAUGUGGAGCUCGCUGGACUUGGCUCCGAUCUGCCACAUGGCAUAGCUUGGUUUGGAGGCUCCAAUGUUUGAUGAUAUAUUAGCACCUUACUUAGGUUGUGGAAUUAAUUCCUUGGUGACAUGCAUGGUUGAUGAUGGCAAACACUGGCCAUUACCCUUGCUUUGCUUACCUUACCCAUUUGUUUUCUUCUACACCAAAAAUAAAAGUUCAGAUAUCCUCUGAUCAUAGUCAUAGAUUGAAAUAGUUUUUAUGUUGGGUCAUCAGAUGUGAAAUACAAUACUGCCUUCAUUUCAAAA